AUGCAAAUUGAACAUGGGAAUCAUCCCUCCAUUUACUCGAGUAUUGGGUCAAUUGAAAAUAUGGAAGAAGAACAGCAACAACAGCAGCAGCAACAAGAACCCCAACAGACAAUAAUUCGCGGCAGAAUGAGGUUUACUCCUCAACAUAACCAAUACUUGGAAACGAUGUAUCAACUUUCGCGUUAUCCCGACAAAGCUCAAAAAACCAUGAUGGCAGCAGCCUUGGGUAUAAAGGAAGACCAAGUCAAUAAUUGGUUUACGAGGAGGCGAAGAAAAGAUAACGAUCCUACCACUACUCAAGUUAUUGACAGUGGACAAGUUAGCGUAGCACCUCGUGUAACUCCGAGAAUAGUACCGAAACCCGCUACAACAUAUUCGAGUAAUGUUGAAGAAUAUUCAUAUUUAGUUCCUAUGCAAAAUUUGCACGAUUUUCAAAAUAUGCACAAUAUUGAAAUGCAUCAAACACCAUAUCAGUAUCCUAUUGAUCAUCCACAGAUAUCAGUCGUGGAUGAAGAAAUGCAAGAUCUCGCCAAUCAACCUCAAGAAUCUACACCGGAAGAUUUUUUGCUUCCUUAUUUGAAUUCAUCAUCAAUGGGAUUGCGAUCAUCCAAACAAGUUAAAGAAUUUGUGAAAGUUAUGAAAGAUGAAAAAGUUAUUUCCCGUCGAGCUCUUAUUCUUGCUGCUAUCGGAAGAACUCAAGAUGUAGUCAUUCUAAAAAGCUUUAUCGAAUCAAAAGGGGGUCAUGUUUUACGAGUUUGGUUGAUGGAAGCUUUAAAGGAAAAUAAUAGUCCUUUAUUGGUGAAAAUACUAGAAGUAUUAGAUCGCUUACCCUUAGAUAAAGAAGGUUUGAUUGCGUCGCAGUUAGGCAAGGCUGUCAACAAAGGGGCAAAGAAUUCGAGCGAACAAUCUGAUGUCCGAAAAAUGGCGGUAAAGCUUAUUGAUAAAUGGAAAAAGUUGCUAGAAACAUCGGAGGAAUCUGAAUCAAAGCGAAUAAAAACAAGUGACAACUCAUUUGCUAAAAUAAGUACAAGCACUGCUACUGCUACAUCCUCUAAAUUUAGUGCAAGCACAUUAUCGGACGCCCAAAAGAAAUUUGCCUCAACCGCAGAGACAUCUAAAUUAAUAUCAGCUGAGUCUUCAAGACGAACUAUUAGUGCUGUUUCAUCGUCUGCUGCUGGAAAACCUCAAACGAAACUAAAAUCUGCAGCUUUAACAGCGCCCAAGUCCACCGUUAGAGAAAUAGGGAAAGUUACUGCAGCCUCCACUACUAAUGUUUCCGUCGAAUCCACAAGUUCAAGCCAAAAAUCGAAAUCAUUGCCUGUUAAAGAACCAACAAAUCCUGAAAUAAAGCAAGACAAGGAUAACAAUGCUAUUGCUAAAGAAUCUGAAUCUACGGCAUCAACGAUGUCCGCACGUGUAGAAUCAACAAAGACGGCCUUUGAGAUUGCUUUGGAAAGCCGUAAUCAAGGAAUAAAUGUCCAAGCUAAAACUUCAAUAGUAGAGGAUACUCAAAUGCAGGUCGACAGAAAUAAAAAAAGGAAGAGGGUCUCCUUCGCUCCUGAAAAUUUGCUUCGUCAGAUCAAAAUUUUUGAGUCAGAAGACACAGAAGAUGAAGAUGAGCUCUCAAUGGGAAGCAAUAUACCACAUCAAUUUGGCAAUGCGAGAGAUCUCGAAGUUAAUGAAGGACAAGCAGUAUUUAAAAGAUCCUUUAUAACUCCUACGAUGGAGUGGUAUACGCCUAUUGAAAUAAACCUGGAAUCCAUUAAUAUACCCGUAAUAGUUAGUGCUCAAGCGAGAAUGGAAAAAGACAGACAAAAAUCAAUACUGGAAACAAUUUACCUGAAAAGGGAACAUGUUCCAGAUAGUCCGGAAGAACCCAAUGACAUAAUAAUGAUUGAUUUUAAUCAAAAAUGUUUAGAAAUCCCAUUAGAUGAGCAAAUCCAGAUUUCUCAAAUACAGACUGAUGGAUCAUUAAUGCAAAAUGGUGUUGCUACUAGUGCUGUUACAACAAAUAUGAAUUUAACAAAUACAACUCCUCAAAUAGCAAAUCAAACACCAGAAAUUAUAGAAAUACUUAAAAAAAACAUUCAUUUGCAAACAUUUUCAAAUAAUGGGUCUAAUUUGGCCAACAAUAUUCCUCCUCAUAAUCAUAUACAAGUUCCUCCUCAUCCUCAACAAACAGCCCCAUUGUUCCCUGUAGGAAAUAAUGUUAAUUUAUUUGGGGGAAUGGAUAUGCAUUCUUCUUCCAUGAUGGCGGGAUCAUCUGGAGGAACUGCAAUGGGAAUGCCUCCGCCGCAGCAAAUUCAAGGACAGCCGCAGCAGUAUGGAGAAGGACGUGCACUGCCACCUCAAUCGGAAAUUCGUCCUCAAUCAGAUAAUCGGCAACAAUGGUCGUCUCGUGAUGAUCGAACCACCUCAAGGGGGCGUGGACGUGGCACUCCGUGUUGGUUUGGGCGAGAUUGCAAUAGACCAAAUUGUAAAUAUGUGCAUGAUUAA